GAGACUGCGCCUCGGGCUUCAGAUCUAGACGCGCCUGCGGUCAUCUGAACGAGUCCGUCGCUGCUCCGUUCAUCCACCUGCUCGCGACAGAUCACCCGAGAAUCGACCCGUUCCUCCGGCGAGUCAUGGCGAGAGAGGCCGAGCGGAACAGCUGCGUCCUGCGCGAUCUACGGCAGCGGGCCGGUAACGACACCUGCGCGGACUGCGGCGCUGCAGAGCCGGAUUGGGUGUCCGUGACGCUGGGUGUGUUCGUGUGUCAGGGAUGCUCGCUCAUCCACAGAAGCAUUGAAAGCCUCAGACAGGUGAAGUCUGUGCUGCAGGACACAUUUGAAGAUAUUGAAAUCGAGUUUAUCGCAUCUAUGGGGAAUGAAGCAGCAAAGGCCAAGUACGAGCAGCUAGCUCCUCCGUUCUAUCACCGGCCGUCCCACACAGACUGCAGGAUUUUGAGGGAGCAGUGGAUCAGAGCCAAGUAUGAGAGACAGGAGUUCAUACACAUCGAGAAACAAGAGCCUUAUUCAGCAGGGUACAGAGAGGGGCUUCUGUGGAAACGUGGUCGAGACAACGGACAGUUCCUCAGUCGCAAGUUCAUUCUGUCUGAACGGGAAGGAGCGCUGAAGUACUACAACAAGCACAACGCCAGAGAACCAAAGGCCAUAAUGAGGAUUGAAUCCCUGAAUGCUACUUUCCAGCCGGCUAAAAUAGGGAACCCGUGUGGCCUGCAGAUCACCUAUCUGAGAGACAACAGCACCAGGAACAUCUUUGUGUACCACGAGGACAGUAAGGAAAUGGUGGACUGGUUCACUGCGAUCCGAGCAGCCCGCUUUCAUUACCAGAAGGUGGCAUUUCCUGGAGCUAAUGAUGAGGACCUGGUGCCCAGACUGACCAGGAACUUCAUGAAGGAGGGCUUCAUGGAGAAAACAGGCCCAAGGCACACAGAGGGCUUUAAGAAAAGAUGGUUUACCAUGGAUGAUAGGAGACUGAUGUACUUUAAAGAUCCCUUGGAUGCAUACGCACGUGGCGAGGUGUUCAUCGGCAGUAAGGAGAACAGGUACACCGUGGUCUCUGGACUUCCGGCCUCCAUCCAGGGAUACCACUGGAAGUACGGGAUCACCAUUGGAACGCCGGACAGGAAGUUCCUGUUUGCUUGUGAAACCGAGGCAGAGCAGAAGGACUGGAUUGCAGCCUUUCAGAGAGUCGUCAACCGCCCCAUGAUGCCGCAGGAGUACGCAGUUGAGGCUCAUUUCAAGCACAAGCCUUGAUGCUGGCUGUGAACCGGCCUGUGU